AUGGACCACAUGAACGUAGUUAUCAUUGGAGCAGGAUGGUCUGGCCUAACCCUCGCCAAAACGUACAUCCAAGCUCAUCCAGAUGUCGACCUCACCAUUCUUGAAGCUGCGGACUCCGUGGGUGGAGUAUGGGCGAGCCAUCGCCUUUACCCAGGGCUUCGAACGAACAGCAUCCUGGGAUCUUAUGAGAACCCCGACUUUCCCAUGACCGUAGAUAAGUUCGGAGUCAAGCCUGGCGAGCACAUUCCGGGAACAGUUGUUCAUCAAUACAUGACAGACUUCGCCAAAACAUUUGACAUCUGGCGUCGAAUCCGUUUCCGUACCAAGGUUGAAGAGAUUCAGCAGGCAACAAAUGGACGAUGGAUCCUCACUCUCACCACUUCUCAAUCCAACGAUGGGAAAGAGGAAACGUUAACGAAGAAAAUUGCUGUUGAUAAACUGAUCUUUGCCAUUGGCGUUACUGGAAAUCCGAACAUGCCUGAUAUGCCGGGAGCAGACACCUUCGAUGCACCUCUGUUUCAUGCUAAAGAUUUUCUCCAGAAGAAGGAACUUCUGAGGACAGCCAAGAAAGUUGUUGUUUAUGGUGGCUCGAAAUCUGCGUGGGAUGCUGUUUAUGCAUAUUCUACCUCUGGAAUACAAGUUGAGUGGGUGAUCAGAGAAUCGGGAGGAGGACCCUGUUGGAUGUCUCCCAUACUGGUAACUCCUCUGAAAAAAUGCUUGGAGCACCUAGUCUUGACUCGGUUCUUGACCCUGUUCAAUCCUACUUUCUUAGGAAACAACGACGGAUACGAUUUCUGGCGUCGUCUCCUUCACGGCACCGUACUAGGUCGAUGGUUUGUAGGCAAGUUUUGGGGCACCUUGGAGGGUGAUGUCGUGCAAUUGAAUGGAUUCGACAAAGAUCCCGAAAUCAGGAAGCUCAAGCCCUUGUUCCCGGCCUUCUGGAGUGGACCUAGUCUCAGUAUUCUCAAUUAUCCAACAGACUUCUUUCAAUACGUCAAGAACGGCACAGCACGAAUCCAUUAUGCUGAUAUUACACAUCUCACACGGCACACAGUACACCUCUCGACUGGUGAAGCACUUAAAGUCGACGCUCUUCAUUGCUCAACUGGAUGGAAACACGAACCCCCGAUCAAGAUUUCCCCACCAUCACUCGCCGCCAAACUGGGGCUUCCGACUAAUUCCGACGAAUCCCGCACCGAUCUCACUCGAGUGGCAGAUACUGAGAUCCUCGAACGCUUCCCAAGUUUGAGAGAUCAACCCCAAGUAACAGCAAAGAGGCAUGCCGUAGAUGUAAAAAGCCGAAAAACGCCGUACCGGCUCUACAGGUACAUGGUACCACCUGCAGCAACCUACGAAAGGAAUUUUGCCAUCGCUGGUGCCGUACUCUCACUCGGCUCUGCGGUAAAUGCUCAAAUGCAAGCUUUGUGGAUAACUGCAUAUUUGGACGGCUCACUCCAGCUUCCCAAAUCGAUGGAUGAGAUCGAGUACUCCACCGAGCUCUCAACACGAUUUGGACACUGGAGGUAUCCUGCCGACUAUGGUGAUCGGCAUGCUACGCUAGCUUUUGAUUCUCUUCCGUACUUUGACGAGUUGCUCAGGGAUUUGGGAUUGAAGUUCCAGAGGAAGGGUAGCUGGUGGAGGGAAUUGUUAGAAGAUUAUCGUCCGGCCGACUACAGGGGUAUUGUUGACGAAUGGAUCGAUCUGCAGGGGACGGUAUUGGGUAGGGAGGAGUAA